AAAUGAUGAGGUCUGCCUCUGAUGACAGCCGAGGGCCCACACAGUGGUUCAGUCUUUCCGGGGUUCAAACAUCAAGCCGAGUGUGCUUGAGUAGAGCCACGGACCACCGAUGAACAUUUGGUAGUAUAUCUAUGCAACGUUUGCAUUAACAGCAGGCGCACCGCCUUUCAAAGAAACGUCCUGUGCGGCGCGGCAACCAGGAUUUCACUGAACGACUAGAACGGCUAACAGUUCACAGCUAAAUAGUUAGCCCCGGCCACAGACAGGUAUGUCUGAAGUUAGUCUUGAGGCUGAAUCGGGGAAGACCUCAGCCGAGGACCCUCAGAUGGAUUGUGAGGAUGCAGAGGAGAGUUUGAGUGAGGAUGGAAAACAGGAGAGCGUAGACAACAGUAAGGGAGGAGAUGGCAGAGAUGAAGUGCUGUACGACAUUGAUAUUGGCAGCGCUGAAGAAAGCGCAGAAAACAGUGACCAGGAUGUUGGGGUUCAGAGUGAGAGCGUGGUGACUUGCAGGGACAGUGAUGCUGCACACAUGUCUGACAGUGUAGACAAUGAGAGGCAGGAGACAAAUCAUCAUGGUGAGGCAGCUGAAACACCAGAGGAAAGUGGAGAUUCACACCCUGAAACAAAGGAAAGCACAAUGGCUGAGGAGUCCCAUAGAAGUUCAGCUGCUGAGAUCCCAGUCACCAGCAACGGAGACCUGGAUCAGAGCCCUGAGACAGUAUUCCAGAGGGACUCUUAUCCCAGCGGCCCUGGGGCCCUAAACCUGUCAGAGUCCUGUGUCACCACAAGCAACUUCGCUGCAACAACAGAGGGCAUCAUUGAAUCAGGACCAUACAAAGGGUCAGCAAGCCUGCCCACGUCUCCCGUGGCACCUGUAGCUCCCAGCUCGGCUGUUGCUAGCCGCCUGGCUCGCUCUUCCAGCGAUAGUCAGGCUGAGACAGGCGCGAUGAAAGCACAGCCAAAGAGCGGAGCGGUGGUCCUUUCAGAUGACUUAAAGAACCCAGCCAUGGAAAAACUGGACCUUGUGAGAAAGUGGAGCAUCAACACAUAUAAAUGUACCAGGCAGAUCCUGUCGGAGAAGCUGGGUCGGGGCUCCAGGACUGUGGACAUGGAGCUGGAGGCUCAAAUCGAAGUCCUGCGUGACAACAAGAGAAAGUACCAGCAUGUAAUCAAGCUGGCUCAGACGCUGGCCAAUCAGCUGUCCCAGAUGAUGCAGACGCAGAGGCAGCUGGGCGACGCCUUCGCCGACCUCAGCCUCAAGUCACCAGAACUCCAUGAGGAGUUUGGUUACAAUGCUGACACCCAAAAGCUUUUGUCCAAAAAUGGAGAGACGCUGCUGGGUGCAAUCAACUUUUUCAUCUCCAGUGUCAACACACUGGUGGACAAAACAAUCGAGGACACCAUGCUAAAUAUCAAACAUUAUGAAUUUGCCAGGGUUGAGUAUGACGCGUACCGUACAGAUUUGGAGGAGCUGAAUCUGGGCCCGCGUGACGCCACCACCAUGCCCAAGAUUGAGCUGUCGCAGCAGCAGUUCCAGAUCCACCGCGAGAAGUACGAGAGGAUGCGCAACGACGUCUCCAUCAAGCUGAAGUUCCUGGAGGAGAACAAGGUGAAGGUGUUGCAUAACCAACUUAUCCUGUUCCACAAUGCCAUAGCUGCGUACUAUGCUGGAAACCAACAGCAGCUGGAACAGACACUCAAGCAGUUCCACAUCAAGUUGAAAAUGCCAGGUGGGGACAGUCCAUCCUGGCUGGAAGAGCACUAAUUACUCGCCAUAGAGGCUCAGUUUGACAGGAAAUGUCAAAUUCUACAGAAACUACAGGAAGCCCCCUCCUCGUCCUCCUUUCAACUCUACUGUCACUGCCUUUCAAACUUCAGAAUUGUAAAUCUUUUAACUCAACACAUAAAAAAAAAAACCCUCCCACACUCCGUUUGACUGUUGAUGUUAAAUCGUCCUUUUCAUUCGUUUUUCCAAAUCAUAGGAAACGCACUUUUAUACUGUUUGACAAAUCUGCUGAACAGAAGUUGCUGCAGUAAACACAUUUGGAAACUGUAAAUGGCCUUUUGUAUUCCAGCAUAUGAAUGUUGUAUCUCAGCACAGUGGACAUAUUGGCUCUGUAAGGGCAGCUACGGGAUCAAAACAACUGCCACUGCACGCACAUUAUUUACAUUGCUCUUAUCAGCUGACGGGGACGAAUGCUUCAUGAAAGUGUAAUCAGGAGGCUUCAGGAAACCCUGAACAUGAAUUCUCUCGUUAUUUGCACUUGCUGUGAUAUACAGGGAAAAACAGCAUUCAGAAUUCUGGAUCAUGCAAACUGGUCACUUUUACCAGCAAACUGAUUAAAUGGAUAGUUUGACGUUUUGGGAAAUUUGCUUAAUCGCUUUCUCGCUGAGAGUUCAAUAUGCGGCUGCAGUCAACAAGCAGUUAGCUCAGCUGAACAUGAGGGCUGGAAAUGGGGAAACACUUAAACUGGCUCUGCAAAAUAUCACUAAUAUAAAAACUGAAGUAUAAAAAAAAUCAAGCUAUGGUGUAAGAGCAGGCGAUGUUCAUGAGGAUAGUCAGGCUAACUGGUUCCACCUGCUCCCAGUCUUCAUGCUAAGCUAAGAUAACCAGCUGCAGGCUGUAGCUUCACAUUUAAUGUAAAGACAGAAGAGUGGUGUCGAUCUCUCCGUUCAGCUCUCUGCGAGAAAUUUCCUAAAAUGUCAAACUAUUCCUUCAAAUCGAUGUUUAAAAGUCAUAUUGAUGGCUGUUCACAACAAAUCCUGCAUGUUGUGAUAUGAAUAUGUUGGCAUGAUGCUACUUUUAAUGAAUAUUACCCUGUGUUUUUUUUGUUUUUUUUUAAGCUUUUCCCUGUUUUGUCUACAUUCAUGGCAUCUGACUGAAUGGGUAAAAGUGUUGAUUCUCUUAAAUUCCCAAGAAAAUGAAGGACCAGCCUUAUGUGACUAACUGUGCCUUGAUGUCUUGAAUUUGUUCUUCUAUUCCCCUCCGUGUUAUGAAAGCUGGUCCUGUUACUGACAACAGGCGCUCUCACUACGAGUUUACGGGGCCAACUCUCAAAGGAAGAGAAUGGACCAAACACACACACACACACACUCUCUGAGGACGUACAGUUAGAGCCUGUACAACUUUACAUGUUAAAACACUUUCACACAACACAACAUGAUAGCUGUGUUGAAAAAAAAAAAAGAUACUCCAGUAACUUCAGAAAGUCUAAAUGUAUUUUAAGACUUCUCAAAGAUAUUUAUCCAUAUUGCACAUAUGCACAUUUAUGCAUUUGAGACUAAUUACAACAAGAACUGCGUGAAAUGUAAGGUGAAAACCAAAAUGCGAUUAACUUGAGAAACUUUGUGUCUUCUGGAAAACUGAAAGACCAGCAUCUUUUGCCUGAGCUGCUAACAGUUUCUUUCAUUGGGCUACGUACGUAUAUUUUUCAAAGAGGACAAAAUGUACGCUGGUAUUGAUAACCAGCUGUCAUGUCCUCACUUUAUUGAUUUGUACUUUUCCUAUGGUUCACCAUAGCAGUUUGAGGGUGUGAAUCUUGUACAACAAUAUAUUGUUUCCCUGAAAUAGAUGGAUAUAUAUUUGUAAUUUUCUCUAUUUUACCUUGAGUGUGUAGUCUAUGACCAAUGCUGCCAUUUGGCUUUGUUUUUGUUUCUUUCUUUCCUGGAGACCUGCAGAAUGAUGUGCUAGUGGAUCCCGACCUUUAUAAUAAUGAAACAUUAACAAGUGUUGAGUUAAGGAAGGGUUCUGACUGUUGUGUAACCUCUUUGGGAAAAUAAAGGUUUCUUUUCUUUAAGCAUC